AUGGUCACACUUGAAAUCGGGGACCAACAAUUGGACUUUUUAGUGGACACAGGUGCCGAAAAAUCAGUAGUAAAUACAAAAAUUAGUCCACCAACUCGGGAAACUACGAAAGUAAUAGGGGUGUCUGGGAAGACCCAGAAGUGCCCCUUCCUCAAGGAACGCACCUGCAAUCUGGCCGGACAUCAGGUCAAGCAUAAGAUGUUAUAUCUUCCAGACUGCCCAGUCCCUUUAUUGGGAAGGGACAUUUUAUCAAAAUUACAAGCACAACUCCAGUUCAUGAAGAAUGGACAAAUGGAACUAUCAUUUCCCAUGGAAGAAGAAUGGAGACUGUUUCAAGUUAGGAUUUUUACUGAAGAAAUACAAUGGCCAUGGCAUGAGACUCCUUUAGUGUGGGCAGAAGAUAAUCCUCCAGGAUUAGCUAAAUAUGUUCCACCGGUGGUGGUGGAAGUGAAAAGAGGAAUGGGACCCAUAUGUAAGCCACAGUAUCCCUUCAGUCGAGAGGCGGUGCAGGGGAUCAGAAAGCAUCUAGAGCGACUUCUGCAGCAUGGGAUAUUGGUACCAUGCAGUUCCCCGUGGAACACGCCCCUGCUCCCAGUCAAGAAACCUGGAGGACAAGGAGAAUAUCGCCCAGUUCAAGAUUUGCGGGCUGUAAAUCAAGCCACCAUUCCCCUAACCCCGGUAGUGCCAAAUCCAUACAUCAUGAUGAGUCUAGUACCAGCAUUUGCCAAAUGGUUUACUGUAUUGGAUUUAAAGGAUGCAUUCUUUUGCAUUCGAUUAGCCCCUGUAUCCCAACCGAUCUUUGCUUUCCAGUGGGAAUCUCAGCAGUCAGGGCAAAGGACCCAGUAUGUUUGGACACGCCUUCCUCAGGGGUUCCGGGACAGCCCAACCAUUUUUGGUCAAGCCCUGGCCAAAGACUUACAGGAUUUUGUAAUACCU